GUAAACCCCAAGAAGUAUUGGAAUUUCGUAGACACAGGGCGCAGCAACACUGUUAGCAAUGCAGACUAUGUUAUAUCUUGGAGAGGGUGGUGAUAUGCAAGACACUAAUGUUCAUCGUUUUGAUAUGGUGUCUGAGGAUAACGUCCUUGAUGCUGUGGAUAUGCACAUUCAAGAAAACCUUGAAGAUGAACUAGUAAAAGAGGCAUUGAAAACUGGUGUCGACCUUAGGCAGUAUUCUAGAGAAAUUGAAUCUGAACUUCUACAAGUUGAGAAUGCUUCAAUACAAGACUAUAUCAAGGAAAGUCAAAACAUUGCCAGCUUGCACAAUCAGAUCACAGCUUGUGAUUCUAUUCUUGAGAGAAUGGAGCAAAUGCUGAGUGGUUUCCAGACAGACCUGAGCAGCAUCAGCGACGAGAUACAGACGCUACAGGAGCAGUCGAUAGCCAUGAACGUAAAGCUGAAGAAUAGACAGAGCGUAAGAGGAGAGCUAAGCCAAUUCGUCCAUGAGAUUGUUGUUCCUGAUUUCAUGAUAAACACCAUAUUAGACGUUCCUGUCACAGAGCGAAAUUUCCUUGAACAACUGCACGAGCUGAACCACAAAAUCAACUUCGUCAAAGAGCAGUCGUUCCACGAUUCCAAGUCGGCGCUAGACGUGAAGGACGUGCUGGAGAAGCUGAAGAUCAAGGCCAUAGCGAAGAUUCGCGAGUUCCUGCUGCUGAGGAUCUAUCAGUUUCGCAAGCCGAUGACCAACUAUCAGGUGCCGCAGAACGCCAUGCUCAAGUUCAGAUUCUUCUAUGAGUUUCUGCUGGCGAAUGAGAGACACGUAGCGAAGGAGGUUCGCGAUGAGUAUGUAGACACGAUGAGCAAGAUCUAUUACUCCUACUUCCGCAGCUACAGCAACAGGAUCAUGAAGCUGCAGUACGAGGACGUCGCCGACAAGGAGGACCUGAUGGGCGUCGAGGACACGGCGAAGCGCGGCCUCUUUUCAUCGAAGCCGCAGCUGAAGCAGCGCUCGACGAUCUUCACGCUGAGUAGCCGCGGCAACAUCCUCACGAGCGAGCUGGAGGCUUCGAUCAUCGUGCCGCACGCCGCGCAGAAGUCUGACAGAAAGUUUGCGUACGAGGCGCUGUUCAGGAGCAUGCACUACGCGCUGCUGGACAACUGCUGCCGCGAGUACCUCUUCCUCACAGACUUCUUCAUGGUCGCCAGCGCCGCCGCGCACGAUCUCUUCUACAUGGUGAUGGGAAAGACGCUCGGAACAUUCCUGAAAGACCUAGAGUAUUGUGUCAACGAGUGUUACGACUCCAUCGCUCUGUUCCUGUGCAUCCACAUCGUCUACCGCUAUCAAGUGAUCAUGCACAAGCGCGGGGUACCAGCACUCGACAAGUACUGGGAAACUGUACAGGAGAUGCUGUGGCCAAGGUUCGAGUACAUCAUGCAUCUCAACAUACAGAGCAUUAAGGACACCGACCCAAGCAAGCUUGGCUCCAUUGAUGUGCGGCCCCAUUAUAUCACGCGCCGGUACGCCGAGUUCUCGGCGGCGAUCGUCGGGCUGAACGAGAGCUUCCCGAGCGAGCGCGUCAAUCGUCUGCUCGCGACGCUGCAGGGCGAGGUCGAGAACUUCAUCCUGCGCAUGGCCGCCGAGUUCCCGCAGCGGCGGGAGCAGCUCAUCUUCCUCAUCAACAACUACGACAUGAUGCUCGCCGUCAUCAUGGAAAGAACUACAGACGAUUCUAAGGAAUCAGAAAGUUUUAAGGAGUUGCUUAACGCACGAACGGAGGAAUUCGUGGAGGAGAUUUUGGCGCCGUAUUUCGGCGGCAUGAUAACUUUUGUCAAGGAGUCUGAGAACAUGAUAGAACGAGGGCAGGCAGACAGGCUAAAGAAAGAUGAAAAGAAAGUGACAAUGAUCGUGCGGUCGUUCAACAGUGACUGGAAGAAGGCGAUAGAUGAUCUAAAUCAGCAAGUGAUGACGAGUUUCACAAACUUUAAGAACGGAACCUCCAUCUUGCAGGGGGCGCUCACGCAGCUCAUCCAGUACUACCACAGGUUCCAGAAGGUUCUGUCGAACCCGCCCUACAAGGUCCUCGCCGUGCGAAACGAACUCAUUAACAUACACCACGUCAUGGUCGAGGUGAAGAAACACAAGCCAAACUUCUGAGACGCGCGCGCGUACACGAGAACCGAUUACGCGCAAUUUUCGGAACACGCUUUUGUGGAUUGCCGGCAGCUUUGCUGUAGUAGGUGUUUCCUGCUACAGAGGCAAUAAUUGUCACCGGGGUACGGGGGCAGGUGGACUGGGCACAAGGUGCCGAGAUACUGGCAUUUACAGUAUAUUGUCGUCUUGUCUACCUAGGCUAGAGUGAGACAGAUAUCCUAUUAUUUUACAUGUACUAAAACUAAUGACUUCUAAAGCAACAUACGGUUCAUAAAUGCAUCAAUCUUUGUUUGUCAUUCAGUCAUACUGACAAUUUUGUUUUUGUAACCAUUUUCCUGUUCCCAUGCAUGCUUAACCUAAGUCAUUCGCUGUCAUUUUUUCUAUCUGGGUGUUGUCAUUGUGUAUAAAAUCAUGUGAUCAUGUUAUCAUAUUUGUAAAUACAUGGAAGGUGGUUUGUCAUUGUUUGCCAUUGGACAUGUUGGGAUCAGUGUUGUAUAUAUUGUUGAUGUACAAUGAAUAAAAAGGAAAACUAAAAUGAAAA